AUGGUGAACGAAAGAACAGGCAGCAUCUUGAAAUCCCUUGACGGUGCAAAGACUCAAUGGUACCACUUCACGACGAUUGUAAUCUCCGGUAUGGGUUUCUUCACAGACUCAUACGAUCUCUUCGUGAUAUCUCUCGUCACGAAGCUCCUUGGCCGGAUCUACUACCAGACACCUGGCUCCUCCUCUCCCGGAAGCCUUCCUGACGCCAUCACUUCCGCCGUGAGCGGCGUGGCCUUUGCCGGAACGUUUCUCGGACAGAUUUUCUUCGGGUGUCUCGGUGACAAGCUCGGCCGUAAGAGAGUCUACGGGUUGACCCUCGUCAUCAUGGUCUUAUGCUCUAUUUGCUCUGGUCUCUCCUUUGGAAAAGACCCUAAAACCGUCAUGAUAACUCUCUGCUUCUUCCGCUUCUGGCUCGGUUUUGGCAUCGGUGGUGACUAUCCUCUCUCGGCUACGAUCAUGUCCGAGUACGCCAACAAACGUACACGUGGCGCGUUCAUCGCAGCUGUCUUCGCCAUGCAAGGGUUUGGGAUCUUGGCCGCAUCAGGGGUUUCGAUAGGAGUCUCGGCUCUUUUCGAGCGUUAUUUUCCGUCUAAACCCUACAUGCUCGACCAGGCCCACUCCACCGUCCCUGAGGCAGAUUACGUGUGGAGGAUCAUCCUCAUUCUAGGCGCUGUGCCGGCUCUCUUGACCUACUACUGGCGUGUGAAGAUGCCUGAAACUGCUCGUUACACCGCUCUAAUCUCCAAGAACGCGGAGCAAGCGGCUUCUGACAUGUCUAAAGUCCUCCACGUAGACAUUGAAGCCUCCUCCGCAACCAAUGACAUAGCUAGUGUUUCUUCAGACGAGUUUGGCUUGUUCUCCAAGAAAUUCCUACAACGCCACGGGCUUCACUUGCUCGCCACGACAACCACAUGGUUCCUCCUCGACAUUGCUUUCUACAGCCAAAACCUCUUCCAGAAGGACAUCUUCACCACCAUCGGUUGGUUACCUCCGGCGAAAUCCAUGAACGCGAUCCAAGAACUCUUCAUCAUCGCUAGGGCACAAUUCUACAUCGCUCUUUGCGGCACCGUUCCUGGUUACUGGUUCACCGUAGGUCUCAUCGACAGGAUAGGACGGUUCAAGAUUCAGAUCAUGGGGUUCUUCUUCAUGACGGUUUGCUUGGUAGGUUUAGCCCUACCGUACCACCACUGGACCUUGCCGCAUAACCGAAUCGGUUUCGUUGUUCUCUACUCUCUCACUUUCUUCUUCUGCAAUUUCGGACCUAACGCAACUACUUUCAUUGUCCCGGCUGAGAUUUUCCCGGCGAGGCUUAGGGCGACUUGUCACGGUAUCUCGGCGGCUUCCGGUAAAGCCGGUGCGAUGGUUGGUUCUUUCGGUUUUGCUGCUUUGGUGAAGGCUGUGGGGAUAAGGAUUACGUUACUGAUCCUGGCAGCUAUCAGUUUUGUUGGCAUGUGUAUGUCGUUCCUUGUUCCGGAGCCUAAGGGAAGAUCGCUUGAGGAAAUGUCCGGCGAAUCUGCACCGGAGAAAAUCCAGGAGAAGAUUGUUGUUUAG